AUGGGAGGGGCCUGGCUAUCAGCGGAGAGCAGAGUCAGUGCGAGUGGACGGAGGCAGGAGCUGCUGUCCUCGCUGGCCCACGCUGCCACUCUGUCCGCUGUCCACCGGAUAUGCAUUUUUUCAUCACAUUGGAUACUGACCCAUCAGAAAGUUGAUUUGGCCUUAGGAGGAAUAGCAACACAAUCUUCCUUAUUUCAGGGAACCUCUUAUCCUGCUAAUUUGGCCAUUGAUGGUAACACAGCUUCUUCUGUUGGUUCUGGCUCAUGUGCACACACAAGUCCACAAUAUGACGCAUGGUGGAGGGUGGAUUUGUUGGCAGAGUAUCUUAUUGGAACUGUAGUCAUCACAAACAGAGGUGACUGCUGUUCAGAGCGGAUAAAUGGUGCAGAGAUUCACAUUGGCAACUCCCUCAACAACAGUGGCAACAAUAACCCCAGAUGUGUUGUCAUCCCUAGCAUUCCCGCUGGCGCCUCUGCAAGCUACACGUGCAAUAUGAUGGGUCGUUAUGUGAACAUUAUCAUUCCCAAUAUUUACCAGGCCCUUACACUUUGUGAGGUGCAAGUUUAUGAAGGACCUACUAUUAAGUGGGCAUUUUUGGGAUUAAAGAUUAAUAGCAGUGAGGAUCUCAGCAACCCUGCCAUGAAAAACAACAUUCUGAAAAUGAUAAAAUCUGCCAAUAUGCAUUCAUCGAUAUUUCAGAUUCGCUGGAAAAUUGAACCAGAACUGAAACCUAUAACUUAAUACUGGUCAAAAUUAUUGCCCUGCGACAAGCAAGGACAAAAAAUAGAAAGAUUGCUGAAUGGUGGC